CAACAAUUAAUUACAUGAAUUCUCGUAUUCAAACACAAAGGUUUACCAAUAAUUCGAAUAAUUCGACGACUGAGAAUAUUAUCAAUCCAAAUGUAAAAAUUUUAUUUCGUAAUAAAGAUUUUUUAGUGGUUGAUAAGCCAAUAGAUGGUGACACUUCAAAAGCUCCUACUGUAUCUUCUCUUCUGUACGCUCAAGAUCCAACAUUACCGAUUCCAUUACGUAACGUACACCAACUAGAUCAUGCAACGUCUGGAUGUUAUUGCUUAGCAUUAUCAAAGAAAGCUGCUGGAAUUGCUAGUGUGGCAUUCGCGAAACGUAAAGUUGAGAAAACUUAUUCUGCGAUUGUGAGAGGAUGGUUGAAAGAUGAUAGUUAUGUAGUAGACCAACCAAUUGCCCAAGUUCCAAAUAAUCGUUAUCGAAUGUGUAUUGGGACGUCAGAAAAUCCUGGAAAGUAUUUAGGUCAUCCAAUUGUUGGCGAUUGGCAUUACGAAUCGCAAAUUAUGGAAUAUACUGACACUUUUCGUAUGAUGUUGCAUGCUCUCAAAUUGCGUAUUCCCUUAAAUACUACACAACAUGCAAAAACGGUAAAUGUGGAAAAUAAGAUGGAUGAAAGUGGUAAAUGUAAUGAUCUGGAAAUGGAUGAACUGGACGUUGUAUCAGAAGAUCCUUUUCCAAUAUUAGUUUACGAUUUACCCGAAGAUAAAUAA